AGCGAGGAGCUCAUGCAGUCGUGCAGAAGAGACAGCUCGGAGUGUAAUGCAGCCUCGGCGGGACACGGCGGGGGAGACGGGGGCGCAGAGCCCAGCUACACGCGCGCUGAGCACACGAGGGGAUCAGAACUGACCAGAAGACGAGGAGACGAGAUCUCGCAGAGGCUUCUGAGAGAAGCGCUGGAGUUAAAACCACGAGUCAUCGGUUCUCCUCCAACUUAGUCUAUCUACUUUUUGAUUUAAAGCGCGCGCCGUGGCACGAGAGGAAUGCGCGGAUGGACGGAUUGUGGAAGAGAGCGAAGGACGGAGAGAAGCGCGUGAAGGCAGCGCUCAUCUGCCCCGAUGGAGGUGACAGUGAGCUCAACAUCUCACCAGCUUGGCUCUCAUUCUUCCCGUGGACCCCCGCCUCUUGAGAUGCUGUGAUUUCCGGAAAGGGACAAAAACUGGCAGGGAUGGAUUUGAACCUAACCGUGAUUGACAGCGGUUUGUUGGAGAGCGACCAAUCGACGCGAGUUCUCACUGGCUGCUUUCUGUCCCUCCUCAUUCUGUCCACCCUGCUGGGCAACACACUGGUGUGUGCGGCAGUCACCAAAUUUCGCCACCUCCGCUCCAAAGUCACCAACUUCUUUGUCAUCUCGCUGGCCGUGUCAGACCUCCUGGUGGCCAUCCUGGUCAUGCCUUGGAAGGCCGUGACGGAAAUCGCUGGAUUCUGGCCAUUUGGGUCCUUCUGCGACAUCUGGGUGGCUUUUGAUAUCAUGUGCUCCACGGCAUCCAUCCUCAACCUUUGCGUUAUCAGUGUGGACCGGUACUGGGCCAUUUCCAGCCCCUUCCGCUACGAGAGGAAGAUGACUCCCAGGGUGGCAUUUGUGAUGAUCAGUGUGGCUUGGACACUUUCCGUGCUCAUCUCCUUCAUACCGGUGCAGCUGAACUGGCACAAGGCUCAGCCAACAGGCUUCUCCUUAUCUAACGCCUCUAGAGGAGCACCUCUUAUGGACAACUGCGAUUCCAGCCUCAACCGGACCUAUGCCAUCUCCUCCUCCCUCGUCAGCUUCUAUAUCCCUGUGGCCAUCAUGAUUGUGACCUACACUCAAAUUUACAGAAUCGCCCAGAAGCAGAUCAGGAGGAUCUCGGCGCUGGAGAGGGCUGCCGAGAGCGCCAAGAUACGUCACAACAGCAUGGGCAGCAACUCCAACAUGGACUCGGAGAGCUCCUUCAAGCUGUCCUUCAAAAGGGAAACCAAGGUGUUAAAGACCUUGUCAGUUAUAAUGGGGGUGUUUGUGUGCUGCUGGCUACCCUUCUUCAUCCUCAACUGCAUGGUGCCGUUUUGUGAGCACAGUCUUCCAUGCAUCAGCCCCACCACCUUUGACAUCUUCGUCUGGUUCGGGUGGGCGAACUCUUCCCUCAACCCCAUCAUCUAUGCCUUCAACGCGGACUUCCGCAGGGCUUUCGCCAUCCUUCUGGGCUGCCCGAGACUUUGUCCUGGCAACAACAUCAUAGAAACCCCUAGCCUAAACAAAAACUGAAAUGCUCCUUUCCUCUGUCCGAUCACAGGGGAACCUUACUGUGAGGCUAGGCUGCUCUAAAAUGCAGUCCAUGUCACAACCCUCAAUGCCAGAACAAGCAUCUGGACAUGAGGGGGGAAGGGAUUUGGGAUUAGAACUCUGGAAGAAAGCCCUCCUGCUGCGCCGGGCAGCAGACAGAACAGUUGCACUGCUUCUUUUGAGAGGGAUAAUCCUUAUGACAGGCCAUGCCAUCCUCCAAAGACUGAUGCUUGGAUGGCCUCUGAAUCCAGCACCCUGUGGCUAUUUCAAGCAUGAGAAAAUUAUACAUCUGUACCGACAACUUCAGUGAAUUUGCAAGUGACUUUUGGGGAAUUUUGUUGCAUUUUCUUGGUUUGCUUUCCCAGUAAAUGUGUUUCACUUAAGGACCUUGACUAUAAGAAUGAUCAUGAGAUAAAGAGAAUGUGUUUACAUGAGGGAGCUUUAAACAUGACAAUACCAUCUGCAAGUGAACAGUCUAUAUAAGUGAAGCAGAAUCGAAACUGAUGACUUCUGCUGGGCAAAAAAAAUGCAAUACAAUGGGACGCAUUGUCUGUAGAGCUGACUCGUUUCCAGGUUUACCCUGAGGUCUUAGGCCUAAAGGCCAGAGACCAUGCUAAAAUGAUAAAUGUAUAGUUAAAUUAUGAAAAUAGAAUGAGAAAUGUGUAGUUAAUUUAUUUAUCAUUGAAUGAUAGACUCCAGUGAAAAUCUGUAUAAUCAGGAAAUUGUAGAAGGACCUACAUCUGUUUCAGCUAUUUCACUCUCAUCUCCCAUUCUACAUCCCAUAAGCCUUACUUUAUUCAUGUGGUGUUGCAUUAUGUCCAGGGUUGUUCCAAAACAAGGGGGCAGAUGGUCAAUUAUGAGAUGGCUGUUCCGUGAUUGUCUUAAUGAAUACGUAUUCUGUUCAUUGGUGCCUGAGCUCUUCAAAACUUGCUUUUCUAUUACUAAACACUGACAGCGAAAUACCAAGACAAAUGGAACAGAUGGCCAUUAAAGAUGAAUGCAGAGGUGGGAAUCAACGAUGAUGUAUGAGUCCUGGUGAAUGUGUAAUGGAUCCAUUAUUGUUAUGAGCAUAUCUGUGUUAAGAAGAUUACACUCUUACCUAGAACAAGGUUGGCUAGUUGACUAUGUUGUUCAGUCUCUGACGCCUGCAUCUCAUUAGUAAACCACAUGAUCUGUUGCUACAUUAGUCGAUGUGAGUCAUGUGCAAUACUGAAACGUAACUGUAUGAUAAAAUGUUGAACACUGAAGUGCUUUGUGGAUGAGAUCUUUGGCAUUCGGUACUUCAUUUCAGUUCAAGACUUCACAAAUGUUUACUUGUUCCAAGAGUACCUUAUAGUUGAAGGGUCAGAGCGUUACGUUCGCAUUAUGUCAAGGUGUUUACAUAAAGGAGGUCAGUUUGUUGCAGACGACUCUUUGUAUUAAGCCCCAUAAUGAACUUUCUGUCUGUCCAGCAAGUAGACUUGGAGCAAGGACUCAUUAGUGAAUGUCUAAAAAAUUGAGAAAUCAUUUCCUGUAACUUAAUGUCUGCUGCAGGAAUGUGUUUACAAGUUAUGCACCUCAUUAUGUUUCAUCGUCUUACUGUAUCCCUCUUCAUAAUGGCAGAAAUGGUGUAUAAUCACUACUGUAGGUGAACUAUGCUCUUUGAGUAGGUUGCACAAUGUAAAUGUACUGUCAUGCUGUGUGGGCAGAUUUUGAGUGGCUUCAUCUGACCAUGUGCUGUGAUAAGCGCGAAUAAAAUACAUUAACACCGGUCAGCUGCGUUCUUAAAAAAUACAACUUUCUAGAUCAGUCUUGACUUGAAUGUUUUUAGGAAACAACCUUUACUUAGUGGAAAACUUUUACAUUAUGAGUAACACUAAAAAGUCUUUUCACAUGUGCAUGUCAUUAUCAAAACAUUAUCUAUAGGCUGGUUUUCCUCUGCACAAAUGCAAGAACUGACUCAAACUGGAACUGCUGAAACUUAUGGCUCUUGUUCUAGUUUAUUUUUGGUCAUUUUAUGCCACUCUAAAGCAUCCAAUUUGGCUAAAUAGCAAAAGAAUUAGCUUGCUAGUUAUCUUAUCUCCACACAACUUGUACUGACAUGAUAUAAUGUGUGUUCAGAGCUAUCAUUCACACAUAUGUCUACAAUUACACCGUCCUUACAGAUGUGUAGGGUCAAAUAUAAAAGCUUUAACUUUUCUCUAGCGAGAGUGAAAAUAUGGACACAUUAUUAGUUCUGUGGAGGCUAGCAUAAAUGCUAAUAACAGUGUUAGUUUUCUAACUAGCAUAUCUUAGCAAACACUUUACUAAGUAAGAAUUCUAGAAACAGCAAUGGACACGUCAACAUACCACUCUAGUUUACACUCUGCUGCACAUAUUGGUCAUCUAAUAGUGCUUGGUGACUUUGUCUUCACGUGGAAGAAUUUGCUAAAUUGUCAUUGGCUUCAGCUGCAGGUGUCACCAAAGGCUACAGUGCAGAGGAAAACUACUUAUAUUUAUCUACUGUGAAUUCCUGGUCUAAACUUAUUUAUGCUGAUCUGGUGCCGAUUUGGUGCUGAUGGUCAUGCUAGUUGACCAGCAUUCAAACCACAACAUAUACUAGUGUGGUAGUGAUCAGUUUAACAGCUUCCAUUACUGCUGACCAGCACAACCUAUGCUGGUUUUGCUUUUGACACUGAUUGUGCUGUUUUUUUUUUUUUUCUAGCAGGGUAGAGUGACCAUAUUUCAGGUUUCUAAAAAGAAGACAAUGGGGAAAGCAAAGCCAAUCCUGGACAUUUUAGGUGAUUUAGAAAUCCCGGCCACAUGCGUUUUUAUAGGUCUUAAAAGGAAGACGUGUUCUGGAAAGAAUGAAAAGUACCAUUAGAUCCUGUUGAUGCCACUCUUGAGCAGGUACCCAAAACAAUAAUACUGGAACCUUCAAUACUAGGUCUACAGCCAGUUCCAGUUUUCUAGUGCCAAAGGUUUGUACAAUUGAAGAACGCCUACAAAAUCCCAUUGGUUGAAAGGUUUUUUGGCACUUGGAAAUCUUUAUGGCACUCUUAUUUUUAGAAACGUGGCAGACAGGCAUAAAUAAGCUACCUACUUUUUUUACC